UAUAGAUUCCUAUGCUUACUGCUGAUUUUAAUUUAACAAAAUUAUGAUUUGCAGAUUAUGUUUAGAGUAUUCCAAUAAUGGUUUUAAUAUUUUUAAUGAAAAUGAAGAAGAAAAAAUAUGUGAUAUAAUUGAAAAAUAUUUUUGGUUUAAGCCGGACGAAAAGGACUCGCAUACAAAUUUCAUUUGUGAAACUUGUUGGAAUGUUAUUAAAAAUUUUCACAUAUUGUAUGAGGAAGUUGAGAAAAAACAUAAGAAUCUAAACCUAUUAAAAAAAGAUCUUGCAAAAUUUGAUGAUAACGACGAGUUUCAAAUUAAGCAUGAGUACAAAAGCUUAACCCUCAACAAGAGUGUGGAUGACCUUCAACCAUUCAAUUCUGAUAAUGUGCAUAUAUCAGCACCGAAUUUUCAUUGGGAAGAAAUUAAAUGCAAAGACGAAGAAAACAGUACUGACGGAUUUGUGUCUAUAGAAGAAACAGACCAAUUGAAUUGUCAAAAUAGAAAGAAAUUAAAAAAAAAAGUCACUCCAACUGCUAGAAAGAAAACCAGUAAAAAAGCUACUCCUGAAGCAAAACAAAAGAGCUCAGCUGAAAAGACAGGAAAUAGAUUUCAUGAGGAAGAUAAAAUGAUCACAAACUUUAUAAAAAUGGCUUGCGAUAUUUGUUCAAAAGAGGAACGAAAUUUCUCGAAUUUGAAAAGGCAUUUUAAAUCAGUUCACAACGAAAAUGGUUAUGUCAUAUGCUGCAAUAAGAAAUUUUUUAAAAGAAGUUGGCUUGUAGAUCAUAUCGGGAAACAUUUAAAUCCUGAGAGCUUUAAAUGCUCAAUAUGCGGAAAGACAUGCAAUUCCCGUCGAACUUUAAAAGGUCACAUCUUUAGAAUGCAUGAAAGUGAUCCAAAUGAUUGUUACCAAUGUGCUGAAUGUGGAAAAGCAUUUAAGCACAAAGAUGUUCUGACACGUCAUGCUUUGAUACAUAUCCCGGAAGAACAAAAAAAGUUUAAAUGCGAACAAUGUGGAAAAACGUAUCCUGUGCAAAGUUUACUAUUUCAACACAUAAGAAUAAUACACGAUAAGCGGUAUGCUGGUACUUGUGAUAUUUGUGGGAAAACAUAUACAAAUAAAGAAGAUGCAAACCGACAUAGAAUGACUGUUCAUGAAGGUGUUAAGAAAUCUAAAGUAAAAUGCAAAAUUUGUUCGGAAGAAUUUUCAACUAAAUAUCAGUAUUACAAUCACAAAACUGAAGUUCAUGGAGACCCAAAUAAAAAAGUAGAUAAUACUUGUAGAAUAUGCAAUAAAAUUUCAGCUAAUUCUGAAGCAUUAAAACGCCACGUAGAAAAAGUUCAUAAAAGAAUAGCUAAAUUUCAUUGCACAUUUUGCGACAAGCAAUUUAAGACUGAAUUAUCCCUAAAGGAACAUACAGCCACACAUACGGGAGAACCUUUAUACAUUUGUCCACAUUGUCCAAAAACAUUCACUCAUAAUGCAAAUAUGCAUCAUCAUAGAAAGCAUGCUCAUCCCACGGAAUUUGAGGUAGCUAAACAAUGGAAAGAAAGUAAAAAACAACCAUGGACGCAAUUAACAUCAAUUACAAAAUAAAUUUUGGUUACCAAUUGAUAAAACUUUUAGUCAUACGAAAUGUAAUGACAUGUGCAAGUAUUUUCUUCUAAUAAAAAAAACUGCA